AAUCUUCUCCCCGUUUGCCGGCACCAGAGGAUGUGAUGGUUUAUUCCUAUAACUUUCACAGUUCACUGAGGUGGUCUCCUGUUAAAGUGGAUAGAGGCUUGGUGUUAUAUACAGUCCAUUUUAAAACAGGGAGCUCUAACCUGUGGGCUGAGCUGAACUGCACCCGCAUCGCCCGGGUGGAGUGCCCGUUGCCCUGGGCACUGAAGCAGCGCCGCUGGACCGUGGUGCUGCGCGUGAGGGCUGAGCUGGGGCACGCGGUGUCUGACUGGGUGGAAACGGACCCCUUUGUGGCAGAGAGAAACACUACUCUAGGGCCCCCUAAAGUAAAUAGUGUGAUUGAAAGCUCUGACUCGCUUCUCAUUAAUGUUGAACCCCCUCCUGGAUCUGAAUCAGAUGACUUUUUUCAGUACCAUGUGUCCUACUGGGAGAACACAACAAGUACUGCUAAAAAAGAGACAAAGACGAGCAACACACUCUUCAAAAUUGGAAACCUAAAAGAAUUGACACUUUACUGUUUUAGCAUUCAAGUAGAAUUGGUGACAUAUCCAGAUCUCCUGCUACUUGGACAGCAAAGCACCCCAGAGUGUUACAGAACUACCAUCAGUGAGCAAACCAGAGCUGGAUAUAUUACACUAAUAUUUGUGUCGGUGUUGCUGAUUAUAAAUCUCAUAACAGUUGGUUUGUUUAUUCUGUGGAGACACCACAAAAAAAUAAAAUACUGGACUCAGCCACCUUUAGAAAUCCCAUCACACUUUGAAGAGUAUUUGAAGGACCCUAGCAUGCCCAUUUUAGAGGUGUUGGACAAUCACGCCACCGACGAUCCCCACGAUUCCUGUUCUGUUGUAUUUUGUGGAGAAGAGAGCCAGGCGUGUGGCAGCAGCCUGGAUGGCCAGGCUCACUCCCGCAGCGCCGCCGGUGACAGCGAAGUGACUUAA